AUGGAAUUGUCUGUACUUGGAUUAUUAUCGCAUGACGAUUGGAUUUAUACAGCCAUAUUGGUUAGCUCUUUCGCUAUUUCAUGGAUUCUACGAUUACAACAAAAUGCAUUCCUUCUGGUUCAUCUUGGCGGUCCUAUAGGAUUUGCAAUGGCUCUCACAGUACUUGGAAAGAAGAUUCUGUACUCGAUACCGAUGGCGCUGUUUGUGGCUAUUUAUAUAAAAUGUGCUCCAAGGAAUUCUCUAACAGCUGUGGUUUUCGUUGCUUCUUUCGCGUACCUUAUGGUUAUUCGGUACCUGCACUAUUUUUUCGAUGUUGAUGAACUCGCCUCUCAAGCCAACGUUGUUCAGUUGAUAAUGACUCUGAGGGUAAUCGGGCUUUCAUUUGAAGUUUCCGAUCGUCAUUUCGCUCGAGGCACAUCAGAAACCACGAAGAAACGCAAGCGUUUACUUGAAAAGGAACCUAGUCUGCUGGAGAUACUAAAUUAUUUUUACCAUUUUGCUGGACUGUUCACCGGACCGUAUUAUACCUAUCAGAUGCUGCUAGAUUCUCAGGACCCCGUUCUAUUGAGGAAGUGGUCGCCAGUCUCAGAGAUACGUGAAAGAGCUAUACGAUUAUGCUGGAGCGUACCACUUUUCAUCAUUUUCAAUAAGAUUUACCCUCUUGAUGGUCUCCGCUCGGAUAGUGUUUGGGAAUUAAGCUUCCUCCAACGUCUUUUGUACGCUGCUGCAGUAUUCGUUGUUUUCCGGAUGAGAGUUUACAGUGCAUGGGCAGUCGCUGAAAGUAUUUGCGUAACGCUCGGCAUCGGUAUUUAUCCUUCAGAAGCCAAACCUCGUACCGUGGUUGGACCAACCGACCUGGAGAAGUACAGGGAACUUAAGGGACGCUCAGAUGUUCCAUACAAUUCCGAAGCAGUUGUCAAUUUAGAUAUACCCGAGAUCGAAUUGGGAGAAAGCUUCCGUGGUGGCAUACGUUCGUGGAACAAAUCCGUGCAAAGUUGGUUGGCUCUUUAUGUUCACUCCAGGGCAGAUCGCAUGUACAGAGUGGAAUUAACAAUGUUUGUGUCGGCUUUGUGGCAUGGUACCUACGCGGGAUAUUUUAUGUCAUUCCUGAUCGUUCCUAUGUGCGCAAGUGUGGAGGACAUAAUUUUCAGGCACAUUUCAGUUGAUCCAGUGACUAACAAACGACCGGCAUGGUUCCGAUACUUAUACCUUUUCACCUUCCGCUUUCGCGGCUUCGACAUGCUCGCAACAGGCUUUCUUCUGAAAAACUUCAGAGAUACGCACAGGUUCUGGAGCUCGUUAUAUUAUUGGCUACUGUUGGUAACUUUACCCAUAUAUGCGUUUGACAAGAUAUGCAGUUUCAAAAAGAAGUCUUCAAAGAAAGAACUUUGA